GUGACGCAGCGGAACUUCCGCUUUCCCCUUUUUCCGUACACAAACGCUCGGCUGAUGACGUGUACGCUCCGCUACCGUUAGCUAGCCCGCUAGCUUAGCCACCUGUCGGAAUAAAGGUGUUACAAAUAAACGAUUAAAAAAAAAAAAAACAACACACACACAAGGGAAGCAAAGCGUUCCGUUAGAUCAGGGAAAAUGGAGACGCUUUACCAUCAGACAAACAAGCAAAUCCAGGAGGUUCAGUCUCUGAUGGGAAACCUGGAGAAGACAGACCGUCAGUCGGUUCACUUGUUGGAGAAUGACCUGCAGGCUAGAAUCGACCAGAUCUUUAACCAUUUAGAACGCCUUGAGAUUCUGGCCAGCAAGGAGCCACCAAACCGCCGUCAGAACGCCAAAUUGCGAGUGGACCAGCUGAAAUAUGAUGUUCAGCACCUCCGGACCGCUCUACAAAAUUUCCAGCACCGACGCUACGCCAGAGAGGCCCAGGAGAGAGAGAGGGAGGAGCUCAUGAGCCGUACCUUCACGACCAACGACGCAGAUACCUCCAUCCCCAUAGAUGAGACACUACAGUUUAAUUCCAAUUUGCACAACGCACACAGAGGCAUGGAUGACCUCCUGGGCAGCGGCAGCAGCAUCCUUAACGGUCUCAGAGACCAAAGAUCCACAUUGAAGGGGACCCAUAAGAAGAUGCUGGAUGUGGCCAACAUGCUGGGGCUGUCAAACACGGUGAUGAGACUGAUAGAAAGACGAGCCACCCAGGAUAAGUUCAUCAUGAUUGGAGGCAUGCUGUUGACCUGCGUCUUCAUGUUCCUGGUAAUCAGAUACCUGGGCUGACCGCCAUCCAUUGAUCAGUCUCGGACAUUUCUGCAGCACAUUGUCCCUCUUGAUAUGGAAAGUGGCAGAGCUGACUUUUUAAGAUUAGAUCAGACUAAAGUAAUUUUUAUAAAUUGUGCCAUUACAGUUUGUUUUCCACCAAUUUAAUAUUAUGGGAACCUGCAAAAUGGUGAGUUUGAAGAAGACCUUAAUUACAGACAGUAUUUUAUUCCACUUGAAUCUCCAAAAGGGCAUUGGACUUUCUGCUGCUUUACACAGAUUACUGCCACACAUGCAUAAUCUUUUUUUUUUUUUUUAAAUCAAAACCACUCUGUAACUACAAAUCACUCUUAUUACUGUACCAAGAUGGCUCUUUAAAAAUACUUCAACCAGAUAUUUAUACUCAACUUGCUUUUGCCUCUAGCGAAACGCAAUUUUUUUUUUUGUUCCUUAAUCUGUCACUAAUAUUGUCAAGUGUCAUUCUGCCUCGUUAAGCAUGGUUCAAUAGAGAAAUUGAAAUAUUAGUGUAGAAAUACUCAUAAUGCUCCAUGUUUCUUUACAGUACAACUCAAAAAUAUUUCCUGGAGACUCUUUUUUUAUGUGUUACGAUGUACAGUAUACUCAGUUUCUUACUCGUUAAUGCAGUCUAAUACAACAGCUCUGCGAUAAAUCCCACCUUCUUGAUGGUUAUAAUGUUAAGUUGUCGUUUAAAUAGUUUUUUGGUUCAACUUUAUCAUCAGUAGUUUUGUGAUGCUGUUGAACUGUAUUGCCUUACGCAGAGAGGUGUUUGUGUUAUUUAGCCUGCCCUCAUUGAUAUAAAAUAAUAAAGACAGCCCUCUGUC